AACUCACAGGGUGCCUUGACAACGCAUACGCGUCACAUGGAAUUCGAUGGCCAAUCAAUGUGCCGAAUCCAGUUAGCGAUGUGGAGGCUCAGCGUCUCCAGUUCAAGGAGCUGGGUGUUGAGAGCAAACAUGGAUUCUUCUUGAGAAGUAUCAAUGUAAAGCCACACCUGUCUCUCUAAAGGGCUGAAAGCAUCACCAAGGUAACUGUGCAGCACCCAAUUCAGCACCAGGACAUCUCCACGAGGGGCGGGUUUUCCAGAGGACGAUCCGAGAAACUACACAAAGAUGUUAUGAUGGACAGUUUCAAGCCACUCGGCUCUCUAGGUUUUGCUGGGGUCGAGCCAGAUUCAGUAUUAAAGACUGAGCAAAGGGAAGCCCCGUGUAUGAGUGACCUUCAGGACUCUGAGCAAAAGCAGUUGCCUGGAAGCCAUGGGCACAAAAUAGAAUCGCCAGCGGUGGGUCCAUUAGUGGAGAGAGCAAAAGGCAAAGACAGGGAUUACAUACGCAAGAAUCAGAUCAGGCCUAGUGUUGGAAAUGUACAAGCAGCCCAGGAAGUAGAACCAGCUGGGAGCCAUCUACAGGAAACCUGUAGUAUAAAGCGGUGUAUCGAGGAUUCCCAGGAGAAGAUAACGAAUACACCACCGCCUUCCUUGUCUACUGCCAAUUGUAAGCGAGGAGACUCUAACAUACCUGGGCAGUCCCCAGACUGGACAAUGCGAGAGUGCAUAAUAAAGGAUGAAUAUGAAUGGGACUCAUGUCGGCAACAUGACUCUCCAGAGAACUGGAUGCUAUCAGAUCACUUUAACCAACCGGGUUAUGUGAGGUGGAACAUGGUGAAACAUGCAGAGAAUACCCACAACCAGGAUGAAGGUGGGGGAAGCUUGGGCUGGGGCAGUUUGGAGCAGAAUCAGAAGCAUAGAUUUCAACCGACAAACCCUGAAGAAUAUGGGGGUUAUGUAUGUACUGUGUGUGGAGACAAAUUCACUGAUAAAGCAGAGUUUGUAGUUCAUGCCUGCAAAGCCAAGUUGUAUAUCUCCGCUUCAUGUGAAGAAAAUUUAGCAUGGGGCUCGCAGUAUAUUACCAACCUGAUAGGCCCCAAUGGAAAAAUGCUGUUUGUCUGUGGUGACUGUGGUAAGAGCUACGCCUACAGGUCCCAUUUUGUUAUACACCAAAGAUCGCACACAGGCGAGAAACCUUUUCCCUGCACAGAAUGUGACAAGAGCUUCACUUGCACUUCCCACCUUAUAGCCCACCAGAGAACUCACACUGGGGAGCGGCCAUAUGUGUGUCCUGAGUGCGGGGAGAGCUUUACACAAAGCUCUACGCUGAUUAUACAUCAGAAAAUACACACCGGAGAGAAACCUUAUGAGUGCAACGAGUGCCCUAAAAGCUUCUCGCGGCAUUCUCACCUUGUACUGCAUCAGAGGACUCACACAGGAGAAAAGCCCUAUGCAUGUACUGAGUGUGGGAAAAGUUUUAGCAGCCUCUCCAAUCUCACCGCCCAUCACAGAACCCACACCGGAGAAAAGCCCUACCUGUGUGUAGAGUGUGGGAAGGGCUUUACACAAAGCUCAGCUCUAGUUUUGCAUAAGAAGAUCCACACAGGCGAGAAACCUUAUGAAUGCAACGAAUGCGGAAAAAGCUUCAGCCGCACUUCUCAUUUGACUCUGCACCAGAGAACCCACUCAGGGGAGCGGCCAUAUGUGUGCCUAGAGUGCGGCAAAACCUUCCUUCGCAGCUCACAUCUUGUUUUGCACCAGCGAACUCACACGGGAGAAAGACCAUAUUCUUGCAAUGAGUGUGGAAGGACCUUCUCACAAACCUCACAUCUUGUUAAACACCAAAGAUCUCACUCUAUAGAAAGGACACAGAGCCCCCCAAAGGGCGAAACCAUUUUACCUAUGAGGACAGCCAGUUAAGUUAUUUACAUGAUCUUUGUCAUCCAGAACUCUACAGAGGAAGUUUUGGAAUUAUCCAUUGCACAAAACACUUGAUAGUCUUGCUAGUUUUACUGUUGAAAGAAUAUAAUAAGCAUUAACAUAAUCAGGGAGACAUUGGUGCAUAUGCUUUAAUUCCCUUCAGUUACAGUGAAUAGCUGAAUUGCCCCGGUGGGAAUCUAAAAUUUGCAUUUACUGCUUCCGAGGUAGGAAUUUACAAUGGUGAAGUUGAGAAAAUGGAUUCAUGCCAUAAAAUCCAAUUUAGUCCAAGUUAAUUUCAUUAUUAUUUUUGUGUUUUGGUUUUCAGCAGUUAGGAUUGAAUUACGAGUAGGGAUGCAUCAAAUCCAGGAUUCGGUUUGGGUUUUGGUCAAGAUCCAGCCUUUUUCAGCAGGAUUUGAAUUUGGCCGAAUCCUUGCGCCUAGCUGAACCGAAUCUGAAUAGGGAAAUCACGUGACUUUUCGUCACAAAAGAAGAAAUGUUUCCUCUUUUUCCUUUCGUGCCCCUAAUUUGCAUAUGCAAAUUAGGAUUCGGUUCAGUAGUGGAUUUGGUGCUUCCCUAAUUGUGAGGAUAAGAUUCUAUGACAAUAUACAGGGCACAGGCUAAAUUAUAUAUGUCCGGCAUCUGUUUGUACUACUCAUGCAUUGUAAUGGGUAAUGUUUAUUUUUCUGUCAAUUAUGAGGUCACUUAUAAGGUAUAACAAUAUGAAUGGUUGAAGCCACCAAGAAGAUCCAUAACCAUGUAAAGGUUUGAGGCUGCAGACUAAGUACUUCGGUCAUUGAAGGUGACUUCCAAUAUAACAGGGAGUAUAUAUUUUUUUGUCAUAAGCAAACUUUCAUGUGACAUCACUAAGCAGCUUUCAUAUGGAUACGUAAUAUGAUGUGCAUAUAAGAAAUCACUACUGCUACUAUAUUUUAAUUUGUGAUAGGUUUGCCCAGGUACGGCAACACAUUGUACCAGUAAAUGUUACCUGCAUUGCUUUGGUUGCUGUAGGUAACUUUGUAGCUUUUAUCACAUAUGCUGAAGACAGCAUUCAACAAUAUUUUUCUGGGCCAGGCAGACAUUGUAAUCUGCACCACUCACACCACUUUCUGAAUGAAUCCCUUUUAAAACAGUGGCCAGAAUCAUUGAGUGCCAUUGCCCUAAGCUAAAAACACAGAUUUGAAACCUGCUGGUUUAUCUUUCUGCUUUUGCUCUAUAGCCGCCCUUGAUAGACAAAGUUUCUGUAGAGGUUAUUUGAGAUAACACAACAGGUACACUCCUGUAUCACAGUUAUCUGUGAGUAUGAUGACUGUAAAACCUUGUUUUAAUAGAAUAUUACUACAUAAGUCUUAUAUCCUCUUUAUUUGCAUUACUGCACCAGUCAACGUCUCCGGUUUCACCGUUUUUUAUUUUUUUCCACCGUGCACAACAUGUACCCUUAAGCUGGUCUUACACGUGCCGCUAAAAGCUGCCGACAGACCGAGUCGCCAGCUUAUUGGCCCAUGUGUGGUGCCCUCCGACAGGCUUCCCAUGAUCUGUGUCUGCCCAAGAGUCGGCCAGAUGCAGAUCGAGCAGAGGUAAAUAUUAGGUUGGAUCUUUGACCACAUCUGUUCGUUGAUGCGGUCCCGCGAUCCGACUAACCGUAUUGCUUUAAUUAUGAUCCGAUCACGAUCGGAUCAGUCCGAUAUCAACGAAACGAGAGGAUCUCUGUCUAUGGCCACCUUUAGCGAUUCUCCUCCUUGAGAUGGAUAUCCGUGUUGAACCCACAGAAAAAACAAAUGUGUUCUGAUCCUCUGUGAAGCAUUGCAUUGACGUGCACAAAAUUUUGAUCCAUGUGUGUGUACAGUUUUUGGCACUGCCGCAAACAGUGAUGAGGUGUCAGCCUUAAUCAAUUUCAUACAUAGUAGUGCGAGUGUGUGUCUUGUGUGGCAUAGUGAAACUCUUAUUUCAGUAUUUCCAGAGGAAAUUUUUUGGUAAGCUAACCACACAUUUAAAUUAUUGUGUCACUCACUUUAGAUGUAGAUAACAUGGAAUGUUGGUGACUCACAGCAGCACUUUACCUAAUACACUGGCCAUACACAAACAUAUAAAAACCAUUCUAAUAUUUGUAUUAGGACAUUGUGCAGCUUUUUUUUUUUUUUACUUUUGUUUCAAAAGGUGUGUAAGCUUGGAAUUAUUUCCAUUUAUAAAGCCAAAAACACUAAUAUUUAUAUUGCUCACAGAAUACAAUUUUCAUAACCUGAUUAAUUGCAGGUGGUUUUAUUGCUGAAUACAGAGGUGUAUGUCAGUGCUGUAUUUUGGUCCGUUUCCACCCUAGGCACUGGUCCUAAGGACACCCCCCCCUCAGUCAGCCAACUGUAUGUGACGUCACUUCAUCUGCACCAAUGACUCGGGUACUCCUCACCUCCCCAGCUCCACCUCCGUAUUUAGAGAGAAAGGUCUGGGGAGAUUUAUUUUUUCUGUUUAAAAAUGUUUAUAUAUAGGCACCCGAGGGCUGCCCAGCUGCCACCCAGAUCCUCCGGUGCCUGUAUACCCUCCAGUUCCUUUAUGUAAAUUAGGGAUGCACCGAAUCCACUAUUUUGGAUUCGGCCGAAUCCAUCUUGGAAAAUUCGGCCGAACCC